GAAUAAUUAUGUUUCAAUCAUGUUACUAUUUAUAAAAUAAUCCUAUAUAAUUGUUUUUUUCUUGUCGCUUUAGGUUCGGCCACUAAUCAAGAGCCAUCUGAUCCGAAAAUCUUACAAAUGGUGCUACAGGGAUGCAUUGGUACAACGGUCAAUCAAGGUCCAAUGGAAAUGGCAUCAGUAUUUUUAUCUGGUUUGGCCGAUGGUACUACGACCCCUACGAAACACCAAAACAAACUACGAUUGUGCUUUAAAGACUUCUCGAAAAAAUGUCACGACGCAUUGAAAAAGAACAAAAAUCUCAUUACGGCCGAUCAAAAAGACUAUCAAAAAGAAUUGGAACGAAAUUAUGCAAGAUUUACCGAACGCUUGGCACCUUUGAUUACUAUUUCACCGGGACAGACACAGGGAGUAGUGAAUUCGAAUGGUUUCAGCAAUAACAACAAAUUCACACCAUUACCGUGGUGAUAACUUGCAAGAGACAAUCGAAAACCUGUUGUUUUUAUUCAAAUAAAUUCAAUAAGACGUAUUAGAAUCAAAUGACGUCAAUAUUCUCGUUUGGUUCAAGUUUGAUUAUUUUACAACGUUUACAUUCUUCUUCUUUUGAGUUGAAUGUCUUGUAUUUCACACGAAUUACGAGAAUUAAUGUCAUUCCCCUUUUGUUUAUAUCAGUACCAAGAAAGAAAUUAUUACUUAUUUUAAUAUGUUCAGAAUAUACGACAUUUAUCCGAACCAUUCCACUUUUUUUGAAAAUUUACCAAUAAACAUGAUAAAUUUGCCGGUUCAAA